AUGGGGGCGAAUAUAUGCGUCUUUCAGCGAAAGAAAUAUGAUGAAGAGAAAAAGGAAUUAGCCCUUGAGAAGGCCCCCAGAAGGGUCACGCGAAAGGAGCAAAUAGUGAACGAAAUUACGUGCGAAGGGGUCACGAAAUGUUACGGGGAGGAAACAAGCCAGCUUGGAAAAACGAAGGAAGAGGGAGACAAAAGCAUAUUGUCUGUUCCAUCCACUAGCACAAACAGCAUCUUUGUUGAGUCUGAAGAAGCCACCACUGACAUCUCCUCCUUCACCUCAUCCUCCAUGAUACGGAGUAACAUAAAGGCAAACAUCAUACGCGAGACGUACCUUCUACAAAAUAGCUAUGGCCAAAUAUCUGAUCUUACCAGGCGCUACAGAAGUAGCAAGAGUUCCCCCCCCUUAGGAGAAGCAAACAAAACUACCUUUAAGAAAUCUGCAUCCUUUGGUGGUACUGUUCCGCACAGCAAUGAAAAGUUUCGAGACCUCUCCGAGUUCAUUAGGACCAAAAAGGAAGACGCACAUGAGGGAAAUUAUUUAACGAGGGGAAAAAAUUACCCAUCAGAAAAGUCCCACUCACAACGGAGCGAGCUCUGUUCUAUAUGGGGUGAUGAUGAUCCACUUUAUGGGGGCGUCUCAACAGGGAAAGAAGAUAAGGCGACGACAAAAGAGAAGGAACCCUUUAGACGGAUGACAAACGGGAAGGUACCCCUUAGACGGAUGACAGACGAAAGAACCUUGACAGAUCAAAGGCGCCGUGAGGAUAACUCCUCCUCGGUAAAGCCCAAAAAGUUGGGAAAAAGGGGGAAGUCGCUAAACCUUCCAUCAUGGGAUAACAAUGCGGAUUACAAAGGAGGGCCAGUUCCUCUGACCAAGUGCAACUCGAGUUAUUUCAAUAACAGGGGAGUUAUAAUUUACUCAUAA